AUGUGGCCACUCACCUUGAAGCAUAAUGUUUAUCUGGGGUCACUGGAUGUUUAUGUCAACUUCGAAGAAAAUAUUACAGCAAAAUAUGGUGUAGUAUGCGAGGGCUGGCCACUGCUAAAAUUUUGCAGCCCUGGAGACAUUGGCUCACACACUGAAGUCAAGGUACUCAACAGCACAUGGAAAACAGGGACUGAAAAAUUCCAGAAGAUGUCAAAGGCUGAGUUCAAGCAGCGGGACAAAGAUAGGUUCCAGCAGAAAUUGCUUGCUGAUUCGGAAGGCUCUGCUAAUAUCACCAAGUCUUCACCCAUAAUGGAGGCACCUGCAUCUGUACUGCCCGCUAAUGAAACAACAAGUCACCCGCCAGAAAUUUGA